UACUUUGCGCACCUCGGAAAACAACGACGACGAACGUAUCGCACCGUUCGUGACGUGCCGUCACCGCCACUCGACGAAGAAAUAUUGCAGCAUUUACAACGCGGCGAACUACCGCCACCCGCUUACGGGUACACGAUGAUUAGGGAUACGCAACCUGCGUCCGCUGCCGAACGCCGCGGACAACGCCCACCGCGCGUGCAUAAGCGCACGAUUAUCGAGCUACAUUUAGAAGUGCUCAACGAAUGUGAAGCGACCGAAUGGGAAAACGUCAAAGACGACUAUUUGCACAUACUCGUUGAAGAGUUUAUGGGGGGCCACAAGGGGCAUAGUAGUUCCUUGCAUGCUCCUACCACAAACGAGGGUUUAUCCGGGAACAAUGUUUCAGCCAACGCAGACCGACCGCGUCAUUACCACGCCC